AUGGAUUUCGAUUAAUAAAAAACAAAUGAAAUCAAACAAUAUCUAAAAUACAAAAGGCUUAUGGAGUGGAGUAUUGAAAAUGGAGUUCUGAUGAAAGGUGUAGAUUUUCCAGCUUCCUUUGGUGAUGUCACAGGAGUAGUUGCCUCUGAAGACUUACCAUCAAAUACUGCAUUUAUUUGCAUACCUUAAGCAUUAAUAAUUUCACCAGAUAAAUGUAAGAGUACCAAUCUUAACACAGUUUACAAUAGUCAUCCAGAAAUGUUCGACAAGGAUGAAACCAAUGAUGCAGAGUUUAAUAUGUUAGGUAUCAAAUUGAUAUGUAUCUAAGUUUUUUAUAUGUUCAAUGAAAAAAAGAAAGGUGAAUUGUCAUUUUAUUACCCCUACAUCUCAGCUGUCUAAGCAAAUAAUACAUUGUUAACUUGGUCUAAUGAAGACUUAAAGAAAAUUGAAGAUCCUAUCAUAUUGGAGGAGUUUGCCAACAUCAAAUAGGAUGUCUUAGGAUUAUGGGGUAAAGCAAAAUAAAUCUUUGAUAAUAAUGAGGAUGUAUUUGGAAUACCUAGAUUAACUGAUAAAAAGGACUUUUACUGGGCAGUUGAAUGUGUUAUGAGUAGAUGUUUUGGAUGGAGUCUAAAAUCUACUUGUAUAAUUCCAAUAGCUGAUUUUCUUAACCAUUCUAAUAGGGCUUGCACUCAUUAUAUGGUUCAUAAAGGGUUAGAAAAAGGGAUUCCUCUUAAAUAAAAAGAUCAGGCACAUUUUCAAUAGCAAUAUAUUUUAAAAAGAAACAAAAUCAAUUUGAGUAUUUUAGGAAUUGAGAAUGGAAAUGAAAUGUAGAUAGUUGAAGAUGAGAAAAUUAGAUUUGUUUUAGAUAAUAAAGAAUAUUUGAGAGAUUUAAAAGUUAUUGAUGAUCUGGAAAGCCUCUCAAUAGAUGGAAGAAAAGAAAUAAUUAAUUAGAUAUAUUAUGAGUAAAUGAUGUAAGAUCCUAAAAUGAAUGUUUGGGAUUUGGAUUCGAUGACUUCUUCGGAUAGUGAAGAUAAUGAUUCUGAUGAGGAAAUUAAACUAACAAAACAUAAAGAAUUAGAGAUUUUGAAGAUUAAGGAAAUUGCAGAAUGGAAAAGAAGGGAAGAAUAAAAGAGAAUUGAAAAAUAAUAUCAAUCUAUUUAAUUGAAAAAUCAACCUAUUGUCACUGUCACCUUGAAUCCAAAAAAGAAAAACAAAGUAAUCAUACGAGGCUUACCUUAAUAUCAAAUCGAAGCCAUUAAAGCAAAAUAGUAGAUUAUGAAUGGGAGAUUUAGCAAACUACAAAGCGAACCAACAUCAUCCAGUGAUAAUGAAAGUGAGACAAGUGAAGAGUCAAAAUGGGAUUGGUUGAAUGAAUAUGAUUAAGAUGCAUAUUUUUGUAUUGCAACUACUGAGCCAAUUAAGAAAUUUGAAUAGGUUACAGUCUCAUAUGGGCGAAGGACAAAUAGAUUUUUGAUCAGUUGGUAUGGAUUUGCAUUGUCAGAAAACAUCUACAGUUCAUUUAAUUUUAGACUAUGGCUAAAUACAGACAUUUUCAAAGAUUAAGAAAAAAGUAGAGAUGAAAUCUUGAAUACAAUAAUUAUUCAAAAAUUAAUACCUGAGGGUGAAUCAAUUUUAAAUACGAUUUUAUAUAAUGGUCAUGAAAUUCCGGUUGCAUCAUUAUCAAAGGAGUUCAGGAUUAAAAGGAACAAGCUGAACAUAGACACAAUCAUAUUUUUGCGAUUGCUCCUAAGGGUUCAUUAUGGAAAUGAAAAAGAUUUAUUGAGUACUAUCCCUGUGUCGAUCGAUUAUGAAAUUUUCGUCAUGGAAUUUUACUAUUCAUUAUUACAAAACUUAAUGAAAUCUUACUCUUAAGACUUGGCUUAAGAUCUUAAGGAGUUAGAAUAGAAAAUGGAAUAUCAAAAAAGAUUUGCAGUAUACAUAUAAUCUUUGAUUACUUAGAUUUACAUCAACAAAGAAAAAAAGGAAAUUCUGAUAGGCUAAAUGCAAAUAGUAGAAGAAGCAAUUAGAAUAUUACAGAAGUUUAAGGAAACUAAAUAGUUGAGAGAAAGUUAUCUGUCAGAUAUUAGACUGGAUGUAUCCUCAAAAAUCUCAUUAAUUAAAGGACUAAAGCAAUACCUUAAAUUUGUGUGGGAGUUUUUAUGA